GUCAAUUUUAAAUAUUUGGUGGCGAUAGCCAAUUUGGGGUCGUUGAAUUGGGGGCCGCCGCCUCUUCCUCCUCCUCCCCGGCAGCUGGCAGAGACCAGCGCUGCCCUUGAUGGACGACGGAAGCUCAAGAUCGCGCCGCAGCAGCAGCAGCAGCGCCCCGCGGUUGGAUCGCAGCAAGGCCCUCAAAAACGUCGACUACGAUGCCGCCGCCGGCGCCGAUUCGGAUACUCCCCUACCUUCCCCCCAGAUCCGCCCCCACGCGCCCGAAGCCGAUCCCCCCAAUCUGAGGAUGCGCGGCUUCGACGGGGAGUUCGAUCUCAUCUGCCGCAAGCUCGGCUUCUCCGACCCGGAGGAUUUCGGCAUCCCGUCAGCCGUCUGGGAGGAGGCGCGGAAGGCGCGCUCGUCCUCCGACAACUUCCUAUUCACCCCUUCCCGCGAUUCCUUCUCGCGGUCUCCGCCCACGGUGUUGCCUGAUCGGAGAGUGUCCCUUUUCGUGGAGCCUGUGAACAGCGUUCCUCCUCCUACUGAUGCGAGAAGAGGAGGUGAGGGAGUCAAGCGAGCGGUUGAGCUUUCGGACAUUACGCUGCCGAAUAGGAUGGCGGGAUUGAGUCUCAGCCCUCCGCCGCCGAUCUCUCUGCCUCAUGUCGACGACCGGAGCUCUGCUUGGGAUAUUGUGAGGUCUUUUGCUCCCGACCAUGAUGAACAACGGCUAACCCAGGAGAGAAUACUGUCGGAAUCCGAAGAGGAUCAACUGACCGACGACGGGGUUGAUGAGGAUGGGAAGGAUAUAAGGAGGGGAACUUCUGAUGUAGAGUCGAGCCAUGAUGGAGAAAAUUUGAGUGUAAGAUUGGGCGAAACGGACAAUGAGCUCACAGAAUCGACGCUGGAGAGCCCUCACGACCCUUCAGCUGAGAGUCCUGGCGGUCCUUCAGCGUCAGGGGCCAUAGCAAUAUCAGCAAAUGCAAUGUUGAAGAGGAGUAUGGUGUCUUGGACGAGAGGGGAACACCUUGGAAGUGGGUCGUUUGGGACUGUGUUUGAGGCUAUCAGUGAUGAUGGAUUUUUCCUUGCUGUUAAGGAAGUCUCCUUGCUUGACCAAGGAAGGGAUGCCCAACAAUGCGUAUCUCAGCUGGAGCAGGAGAUUGCACUCUUGAGUCGUUUUACACACACAAAUCUAAUUCAGUUUUAUGGGACGGACAAGGAUAGUUCAAAAUUGUACAUCUUCCUUGAACUUGCUAAAGGAUCUUUGGCAUCACUUUAUCAGAAGUAUCAACUGCAACAUUCUCAAGUGUCUGCUUACACAAGACAAAUUUUGGAAGGAUUGAACUAUCUGCAUAAUCAACAUGUGGUGCACAGAGACAUCAAAUGUGCAAAUAUUUUGGUCGAUGCAAAUGGAUGGGUGAAACUUGCUGACUUUGGCUUGGCAAAAGAGAUAUCUAAAUUGAACUGGACAAAAUCUUGCAAAGGAACUGUGUAUUGGAUGGCUCCAGAGGUUGUGAAGACCAAGCCGUAUGGACCUUCAGCUGACAUAUGGAGCCUGGGGUGCACUGUUUUAGAGAUGUUGACUCGUCGACCUCCUUAUCCUAACCUUGAAUGGGUAGAAGCUUUCUUUAAGAUUGGUCGUGGCGAACUACCAGUUAUUCCUAAUUCCUUAUCCGCAGAGGCUCGUGAUUUCAUCAAGAGGUGCUUGCGGUUCAACCCAGACGAUCGGCCCUCUGCUGCUCAACUGUUGAAGCAUCCAUUCGUCAAACGAUCACAUCGAGAUUCUACAGGCGCUAGUCAUUUUUCACCAGCAGGAUCCAGGCCACAAUGAUUAUGAAUUGCCAUAGGAGAGUUUCGGCCUCAACCUUAUGCUGAGCCUUCAGGAUGAAACUGAUGCCUUGUGCUAUGCUGAGCCUUCAGGAUGAAACUCUGUAAAUAGCGACUCAUGCCUGAGACUGACUGCAACCUUCUAGGCUGGGAAUCAAUUUGUGUUUUGUGCCACAGUUACUUCUUCCGCUGGCAUAGCAAUGAAAAUGAGCAGUUCCAACGUUGAAUCCCUGAACGAGCAGAGUGUCGGGGGCAGAAUCAUCCUCAAAACCUUUGAUUUUGUUUAGACUCCAUUAACAUGCAUUGCAUGGACUGCUGCAACCUUCCAGGUCAGGAACCAACUUGUGUUUUCACUUGCAUAUCAAUGAGAAUGAGCAGUGCUGAUGUUGAAUCCCCAUCGACAAAUGAGGCAGUGUGUUGUCUUAGGCGCAAAAUCAUCCUUGAAACCUUUGAUUGUAUUUAGACUGCAUUAGCAUCAACUCGAAGACUGCAACCUUCCAGGUCAUCCAAACCAACUUUGGGGACAAACGAGCAAGGGUGUUUAGGCAUAGAAUCAUCCUCAAAACCUUUCAUUGUGUUUAGACUGCAACCUUCCAGUCGAUGAGAAUGAGCAAUGUUGAUGUUGAAUCCCUGUCGAUGAAGGCGCAGUGUGUCGUAGGCGCAGAGUUGUCCUUAAAACUUUGGUUUGUUUCGAACACUGUAAGUAGCAGCAGCCAAAAGGAGAGCUCAAGAACCUUUUCAAAUUAUUCCACAAGGAUUUGCUGAUGAGUUUCGAGAAAUCAGGAAUAUUUUUUCGCGUUACUUUAAAUAUUAAUUCUUGCAUUUCAUUUCAUCUGUUUUGCAUUAUUUUUCUCUACAUGGAAGUUUGAAUAAUGUUGAUGUAUCUAUAUCGGUGAAAUUUUCACUCUCUAUAUAUAUGUAUAUCCAUAUAUUGAAAAAAAUUUCAUUUUACACCCUA